AUGGUGCAGGCAGAGACUAACACUGCAUGGAAGCGAAUGUACGAGUCUCAGGUACUUGUUGCAAAGGAGAUCAACGCGCGACCAUUGAGAUAGUAAGUGUAUUGCUUCCAUUAAUUACCCGCAAAGGUGGGGUGAAAGGUUACUGUCUUCCAUCCGCCGUAGCUUUUCUCUCUGUCAAUUUGAGAUGGGUCAGUAUCAGUAUCAGUGUAUUUCAGGGAAAGUAGGUUUGUAUCUUUGAAAUCUCUGCUGGUUACAUGCAGACGAAGUAAAUGGAGAAAGUGGAAAGGAAGUAACAUGGAAGAAAUACAAGGGGAAUAACAAAAACUGUACAGAAGAACACAGGAUUUCCUGCGUUAACAGCAUUUAGAGACAUAUGAACUCGGUUUGUUGAUUAAAUGCAACAGACAGUUGAAGCACACCUAAGAUACAGGAAAAGAAGUAAAAAUUUUUUAGUCUGCAGGCAUCGUGAUAAAUGCGGACAGCGAUGUUGACGUGGCUCACAAUUACUACAUUACAUAAAUGUGUGUUACUUAAAUGUUGGUAGUAGCAUCGUCAGAACACUAACCUGGCAACAUCGCCUAUCAAGGUGGCUGUAGACUUGCGUUAUUGUGGUGCGCGCUGCAAUGUUGAUCUAGCCUCCGUUUAAAAGUGCCUACGGAUCCUGACAUAACAACAUCCUCAGGCAAAGCAUUCUAAGCUGCGACCACUCUGUUGGAGAAUAAGAACUUUCGUGUGUCUAACCGGGCACCCGUCACACGUAGUUUGAGCGGAUGGCCUCUCAGUUUAGUCGUAGUCGCCAACUCGAAGAAGUCUCUAGAUGCGAUGCAGCAGUCUUGAUUGCGCACGCUGUCUGAAACUCAUCGAAAGAGGUCAAGAUUAGCUAAUCAUGUUUCGUAGGAUAGUGACCAUUGCCUAGAUACAUGUUUCGUUGUUCGCCGUUGAACUUUUUCGAGUAUGCCGAUGUCUUUAGCGGUUGAGGCUUUCCAUGGUUGGAUAGCUAACUCCAGGUACGGUCGCACAAAAGUUCAAAAGACCUUGGCGAAGCAGUCUUCAUCGAAGGAGGAGAACGCCCGUUUACGAGGUAUAGAAUGGACAUCGCGUCUUUGGCUACCUUUGAGCAUUGCAGCGAAGGCUUAAACGAGGUUGUGAUAUAUACACCCAAGUCCUUCUGGGCGUCGACUUCUUGCAGUUAGACGAUAGACCAUGCGGUAAGGUGUUCUGAAAUUCUACCGCUGGAUAAGUCAAUUACCAGCCAGACUAAGAGAGGAACAAAUUCUACACCCUGCACGCCCUCCUGGCUACAUCGAUGUAGGCGGAGAAUUUGAUUGUCCUUAGUGACUUCAACGCCCGUGUCGGCACAGACCGUGCUACUUGGGGAGGAGGGCUGAUUCCCUAUGGUCUCGAUGGCUUUAACGACAAUGGCCUGUCCCGCCCCCCCAUACGAACCUGCGCAGAACACCGGCUCGUCCUGACCGACAUCCUUUUCCUCUUCUCGAUACGAGAGAAGACCACCUGGAUGUACCCUCGGUCGAGACACUGGCACCUGCUGGGCUAUCUCCUCGCCCGGAGGCGAAACAAGCGGAACGUGCUGGUGACAAAGGCGAUUCUGGAUGCUGGCGAGUGGACCGACCAUCGCCUCGUCAUCUCCGAGAUGCGGAUUUGUCUACAACCUCGAUGGAAACCUCAAGUUAAGCGAGCCUCAGGUAAGCUGAAUAUUGCUUUCUUGUCUUUUCCAUCCCACCAUCUCCAUUUCAGCAACAAGUUGGCUCAACGGCUAGCCAACCUUUCAGUCGUUGCCGUCGCCGCCACCAUCGAGGAGACACCGUGGAGGACCCAUGGUGUCAGCUGCGGGACACAGUGCAGCCGACUGCACUGUCUGUCCUCGGUUGCGCACGUCGCCGACAUGAUGACUGAUUCAAUGAAAAUGACGCCGUCAUCAACAACCUGCUCGCCAAGAAGAACCGCCUGCAAAAGCCUACGUAAACCCCUCCACCAGCGACAACAAAGUGGCCUUCUACUGAAGUCGCCGCCUUGUUCAACAGAGGCUGCGCGAGAAGUGGGACACCUGGACGGCCCGCAAGCUGAGGAGAUCCAAAGUUACGCGGACCGCAACGAAUGGAAGAAUUGCUUCUCCACGAUCAAGGCUGCCUACGGUACGCCAAUCGAAAGAACUGCUCCUUUUUUCGGCGCCGACGGCAGAACCAUACUCACCGAGACGACACAAGUCCUACAGCGUUGGGCCGAGCACUUCCGAGGCGUCCUUCACCAUCUCGGAUGUCGCCAUCGCCCAUCUGUCUCAAGUGGAGAUUAACUUCGAUCUCGACCUUUCGCGCUUUCUACACGAAAUCAUCAGGGCCGUGCAGCAGCUCUCCAGCGGAAAAGGACCCAGAUCGGACGCGAUCCCCGCUGAGAUCUAA